GUAAAAGGGAAAUGGUCAGCGAGGGACCCUCAUAUGAAGCUGUGGGGGUCUCUGAGAAGGAAAGUGUCUGCACCCUCUACUCUGAGACAGGAGCUCCUCAUAACCCUGCAGAAUGCCUGGAAACAUCAGAUCAGUGUCUUUUGUGUGGGUGGUGUUGGUCUGUCUGCUGUUCUGCAGCAGACUGACCAGAGUGGGUGCAGCACCCCUCUGUGCCAAUGCCCAGGCUGGGUGCCAUGUCCUCUCCCUGGCGAACCUGUUUGACCGGGUCAUCCAACACUCAGGCAGGAUGCAUGGCAUUUCAAAUGACCUUCACUCCGAGUUUGAGCAGUACUUCCUGCCCAGUAAGAAUCAAAUCGGCCGGGUCAGUCGCAACUGUCACACCUCCACCAUCCUCACCCCAAAUGGCAAGGAGAACGCUCAGAGAAUGGCGAGAGAGGAGCUGAUGGAGGUGAUUCUGAAGCUCCUGGUGGCCUGGAGGGAUCCUCUGUGGCAUUUCCAUCAGAGCAUGGCUCACCACGACUUCAACAACUUCAGCUCCAAUAAAGCUCUGGAGAUGAGCGACAUGGUGCACGAGCUACGCAAAGGUGUAGAGAAAGUGGCUGAGAAGAUGCAACUGUUGGGGUUAACAAGUAACACUGUCAGCAGCCUGGCUUCUCCUGAGGAUUUGUUGCCACCUGACAGUGCUGAGUGGCGCCUGAUGAAAGACUACGACCUCCUCUACUGCUUUCGCCGAGACUCCAACAAGGUCCAGAACUACCUGAAGAUCCUCAAGUGUCGCAUCGUUCCAGAGCACGGAUGCUGAAGUCCAGAUAACAGUGGAAGCUGCAUUCAACUUAUAAAACUAUCAGCACAAUGGAAUGGAAACGCUUCGGUUACAGACUACACAGAUAAAUCUGUGGUUCAGUUGUGUUUUCUAUCUGCAGGGAUGUUAACUGAUAUCAUGACUGAAGUUCUACUGGAACCCAAAGACUGUGCCCACCCCCUACUUCAUGCACGAUAUUAUAUAGAGUGUGGACAAACCUGUGUAGAGUAUGGACAGGAGGGAAUGAGUGUAAUACAUGUUAUUAUAAACUCCUGUAAAGCAUCUUUAAAUAUAAUAAUACCUUAUAAAACAUUUCAAGAAACAUGGAUGCAAUGUUUUUUUGUCAUUUCUACAG